AUGACUGAUAUCGCCGCAAUUACCGAGAAGCUUGCGCCCCAGCCGGAAGCUGCUUAUCCCAAGACUCCGUACUAUGAGGGAUCAGAGGCGCCCUGCCGAUUCGAAGGCGAGGUGUACAACUGCAUCGUCCGCGGAACAAUCCCGACGGAAGUCCAGGGUACUUACUAUCGUUGCAUGCCGGACGCUCUUUGGGCACCGAAAUAUCAUGACGACGUCUUCAUCAACGGUGAUGGUGCCAUCGAUGCAAUCCGCAUCAAGGAUGGACAUGCCGACUUCAAGCAGAAGUUUGUCCGGACCUCCAAGUUUGUGAUCGAACGAGCUGCCCGCCAAGCAGUCUUCGGAAAGUACCGCAACCGCUACACCGAUGACCCUCGCGUUAAGCACGAGAUUCACUCGACCGCGAACACGCACAUCAUCUACUUUGAGAAGCAACUCCUGGCUUUGAAGGAAGACUCUCCCCCCUAUGCGAUGGACCCGCACACUUUGGAGACUAAAGGACCGUAUACCUUCAACGGGCAAUACACAGCGCCGACCUUUACUGCCCACCCAAAGAUUGACCCUACCAACGGGGAGAUGUUGACUAUGGGAUAUGAGGCUAAGGGAGAUGGCACAACCGACGUUGCUUACUAUCUUUUCAGCAAAGAGGGCAAGAAGUUGGAAGAAUGCUGGUUCAACGCUCUCUAUGUUGGGAUGAUGCAUGAUAUGGCAGCCACCGACAAUUGGGUGAUAUUCAUUGUCCCCCCUCUUAAGACCCAGCCCCUCGAUGAGAUCAAGAAAGGAUCCAAGCACUUUGCUUGGGCCGAGGAGAAGCCAUUGACCUUUGGAAUUUUGCCCCGUCGCAAUCCCAAGCCGGAAGACAUCAGAUGGUUCACUUACAAGAACGCAUUCUACGGACACACCGGAAAUGCAUUCGAUGGCGAGGAUGGUUGUGUUUAUUUGGACGCGCCACUUACCAACUUCAACAAGGCAGCGAGUGGCAAACCUCCUGCUAGCGGAAAUGUUAGUCAGUACGUGCGAUGGAAAUUCGACCCAAAGGCCACCGACUUCCAUGUCGAGCCUGUUGUAUUGGUUGAUGCCGACGGUGAGAUGCCAAAGGUUGAUGACCGUUAUGUCGGCAAGCCUUACAACACCGUCUUCUAUGCCAUGCAUGAUCCUACCAAGGGCAAUGGUCCCGUCGGUGGUAUCUACAAUGCCAUUGCGAAAUGCAAUGUGGGUACUGGGGAACUGAUCCAUUGGUCUGCUGGAGACCAUACCGCUAUUCACGAGGUGGCAUUUAUCCCGCGCAAGCCGGAAUCGCCCGAGGCUGAUGGAUACCUCAUCACUCUCGCGAGCAGACGGGAUACCGGCCUUUCUUGCAUCUUGAUUUUGGACGCACAGAAGAUUACCGAUGGUCCCGUUGCAGUGAUCGAGCUUCCAUUCCGUCUUCGAAAUGGAAUUCAUGGAAGCUGGGUGUCGGCGACCGAGCUGGAUAACGCAAUUGACCUCUGUGACAUGUCUGGUGUCACCGAGAAGAUUCGCCAGGAAUUCGGCACCAAGGAAGUCACCUUCCCAGUACUCUAA